CACUUCACCUUAUUGAGUCAUCUUAACUUUACGCGACAAGCAUAACAGAGCGCCAAGUUCCAACAUCACAGUUGCCAGAAUGCCUCCAGACUCUCUGUUAGACGAAGACGAGUCAUACGUAUCCUCGGAAGACUCAGACUUCGCUCUGGAUGAUUCACCCAACCAGACUUCCGACCACUCUGACCUAGAAGAUCACAGCGACAAAACAACCAACAAACGAAGUCAUUCACAACAUGAAGCCGAUGCGGGAUAUGACAAUUCAGGUGAUGAGGCGAUCAUAAAAAGGGGCGAAAAGCGUCGUAAGAAAACGCAAGCAAAAGGCGUGCGUGAAGACGGCGAGGGUGAGGGCGGUUUGAUCAAGACUCGUAGACAGCGUGCCGCUGAGAAAGAAGAGCGUAAAUAUGCGACAAACAACGAGCCAGUCACUAUUGACGUUGAUGCGCUCUGGGCGCAAAUGGUAUCCAAACCACCAUCUCAAGAAAGCAAGGACGACCAACCCAACAACGCAGAUAUAGCUACCAACUUUAUUGACAAGCCAAACGACUCAGCUCAACAAAAACCCAAUUCCAUUAUAUCGGACUAUUCGUCAGCAAUGAUUCGCAUCAAACGCUCGUAUAACUUUGCUGGCCGAGUUCACAUAGAGGAGAAGCUGGUUCCGCGCGACUCAGCCGAAGCAAAGCUUUAUCUUGCCUCACAAGGUCAAAACGCGCCCGAAAACAGCCCUGAAAAGCGCAUUACCAGGAAGGCAUUCCGAUCGGCCUUCGAGCCUCAGGCGGAUCUUCUACCCCAGCGGGCAGAUCUGAAUCUCGGAAUGGCCGCCCGCACCAAGGCUGGCAAAGAAGCACAUGCCAAGAAACUCAAUGUUGUCGAGAAGAGUCGUAUGGACUGGGCUGGUUAUGUGGACAAGGAGGGCAUCAAGGACGAGCUUGAGUUGGCUGGCAAGUCCAAAGAUUCAUACAUGGCCAGAGAAGACUUCUUAGCAAAGAGCGAGGCACUAAGAGAAGAGGACUCGAGAAGGGCAAGGCUUGCUGGAAAAGUUUGAUUUAUCCUGUAUUCUUGGCGUUUUGGCACGAUACCAUGGGGCUUAGCAUCACUUUCCAUACACUUCAGGCGUUACACGGUAGUUAUAUAGGCCUGCCAUUGGACGAGGCAAGUGUCUACAAUAAUGGGUACGUCCAAAGGUCUCUCAAAUAAUUUUGGCUUUUCUUGAAUAUCGGAAACCAAUCGUUUGUUUUGUUCGGAAUUUUUGCCAUGAUCGUAAGCUACCACUUAAUAACACAUAGUGGGGCAGCCUUGUUGUAGUGGGAUGCGAGGCUGAAAACUACCUGUAGCCAAA